AUGGGCGUCUUGGAUCUCGUGGCUGAAGUUUCUGCUGGACGGGAAACUGAGGUGGCCUUACGAUGCCUCCUUCGAGCUUCAAUCAAUGACGAGCAGCGUGCACUCAUGUACAAAAUCAACGGAGUACAGAGACUUAUCACUCUGCUGAAAGGCGAUCUGUCGUAUUUCGCUCAAUUGUACGUGUUGCAGUGUCUGAAGUGGUCUAUGGUCGCAGACUCCAUGCUGACUACUCCUGAAUUCGAAGAAAUUCGCAAGAGCGUCCGCGAAGCUUCUAAGAGCGAGCUGGCGUUGGUGGUAGCUGACUUGAAAACUGGAAGCGACCAAGAAAAAGAGAAAGCGGUUGCUCUGUGUGGGUGUAUCGCUACCAGAGGUGACACCGAUAGUCUCUUCGAAGUUGGAGUGGUGCAGCCUCUGGUCACACUGCUUAGAGGAAAUGACGAGCAGAAAUUGUGGGCUGCCGAAGCGUUGGGCAACCUCACUACUGGAAGCGACGCGAUUCGAGCUCAGAUUAUGCAGGGAGAAGCAAUUCCAUCACUUGUGGCGCUUGUCCUAGUCGGAACCGAAGAUCAGAAGCAUCGAGCAGCGUAUGCGUUGGGAAACCUGGCUCUGAGCAAGGACGCUAAUGAGCUGAUUGUAAGGAGGGGCGUCAUCGGCCCUCUGGUUGGCCUUGUGCACACUGGGUCAAUCGAACAAAGGGAUAGCGCAGCGUGUGCGUUGAUGACCAUCGCCAACACUAACGACGCACUUCGAGCUGAUAUUGAACGGGAUGGAGACGUGUCUCUAUUCGUCGCCCUACUACGAGCUGGGAGCGAUGAAGAGAAGAAUUAUGCAGCGUGCAAGCUUCGAGACCUGGCAGUGAAGGACGUAGCUCGAGUUCAGAUCGUGCGUGGAGGAGGCAUCGCCCUGCUUGUUGUGUUAGUGGAAUCUGGGACCAAAGAGCAGAAGCAAAGUGCAGAUCCAGGACGGAUCCUUCCCACCAUCUCGAUGAGGGUUGGUUUGAACCUUGUUCGGCCACAAGGCCAGUAA